ACUGUCGAAUACAAGACGUCGGUGCUGGAAAACGGAAGAAGAGAGAAGAUACCGAAAAUGGCCCUUAUUACGCGUGGAUAAGUGGAGGCCAAAACUAAAGAAAGUGAGUGCGGUUGUGUCUAAUGGGUUUGUCACCAACUUUAUUCUUUCUUACAGAACGAACACACUUAUAAUAUUAUUGGAAGAAAAGGAAAGGAGAAGGAAAGAAGAGAUGGAGAAGAGAAAGGUAGUGAUGUGUGGUGUGUUAUCUCUUCUGGGUUUAUUAUCAGCUCUUACUGCCUUUGCUGCUGAAGCUACCAAAGUCAAGAAAUCUCAGACCAAGGUUACCACCUCUGAUUCACUCACACGAUGCUCUUAUCACAGAAGCCCUGCUUACAAUCUAGGCUUCGCUUCAGCUGUCUUUCUAAUGAUGGCUCAGAUCAUCGCCAGCGUCGGAAGCGGUUGUUUCUGUUGUAGAAAAGGUCCUGCUCCUUCAAGAUCCAAGUGGAUCAUCUCCUUAAUCUGCUUCAUUGUCUCCUGGUUCACUUUCGUGAUAGCUUUCCUCGUGCUUCUAUCUGGAGCUGCACUAAACGAUGAACACGCCGAGGAGGCAGCGUUUCCGGAUGCCUACUUCUGCUACACCGUCGGUACUGGCGUUUUCUCUACCGGUUCUGUGCUGUCGCUUGUCACUAUUGCGCUCGGGAUUGUUUACUAUCUAUGUUUGAAUUCGAGUAACCAAAACGUUGGUGUCACAAGGACGGUGGCUAACCAAGGAGGAGGAAUAGCAAUGGGACAGCCUCAGAUUCCAGAGAGAGGAGAAGAUCCUGUAUUUGUUCAUGAAGAUACUUACAUGAGAAGACAGUUCACUUAAAUUCCAGAACAAGGCCUACUUGGGAUACACGUUAGGUUUAGGAUGAUAUAUUCAGAUUAAAAAGAAGGCUUUGUCUGAUUUUUACCCCAUUUUGUAUCUUUCUGAUUUUUUUUUUGUAUAUCAUCUCCAACUUAUUUCUA